UGCCCCAUCACGCCGCGUAGGUCGCGCACGCGCCAGCUUGGGGAGAGCGCGCCCACGAGGACCCGAUGGCAGGACAGGUCAUGAGAGAGAGCUGAGCCGAUGAGCUCAUGGAGCCUGCGCCGAGGUCGGACAAGGGUUCGGUCGGGACGGGACACGGUGAUGGAGAGGAGCAUGUCCGAAUCCACGAUGUGCUGCACUGUAGCUGAAACCACAACACCUCUGGCCUGUGUGUCUGGGAGCUCUCUAGCAAACAGUCAGUGCCACGUUCUUCUAAUAGGACUAAAUAAGACUCUGCCUCAAGCCCUAAACAAUCAGGGAUGGGCAGGUGAAAACUGAGAGGCAGAGAGGUGGCCUUUAUCCCUAACCUUGCUAUUUAUUCUGGUUCCAUAAAGGGACAUGCAAAUAUUCCCAACCUUAACAGUUUCCUUUGUGAUGUGGUCUUUUGCCAUAUAAAAAAAAUGCCUUUAAACAUUAGAGCCAAGCCCUCACAGAGCAAGCUGUCUGCUGGCGCAAAGAGUAGUGGGCACACUGAUGGCAGCACAUCUCAUUCUCGCUUUUCUAGAUCCCCCAAGGGGAAAGGCAAACAGGGAGCAACCUCGACCCCAGGCUGCCGCUCAGGGCUAGAACCAGGCUCAGUGUCAGGGGGUGUGCCUGCACCAGCAUCUAAAUUGGCUGGAGGUCAGGGGUUGGUGUCGAGGCCAGGUUCGAAGCUCAAACCUGGCACUGCAGCUGAUAGAGGAGUAACUCAUGGUUCAGCCACAGCACCAGGAGGUAAAACCCUGUCUAUGGAGAACAUCCAGUCUUUGAGUGCUGCCUAUGCCACUUCAGGCACCAUGUACCCCAAUGAGCGGGAGUCUUUAGAACCCUCCGGUGGGUACCCCAAAGGCACCAUGACACUGGGCCGGAGCACCAGCCGCUCCUCCUACACUAGCCGAAGAACAGCCAUGGGCAGCAGCCCAAACAUCACCUCUUAUGGGCCAGACCUCUAUGGAGACCAAACCCCGCAUCCUGCAGGGACUUCCAGUCUGCGGCGCCAGUCUGGGAGACAUCCACAGGCAGUGGAUUCAGGUGGACGGGAAGAUAUUUGCACUUUUGAUCUCCAGGCUCAGCUGAAGGAUCUGCAGAGGGAGAAUGACAACCUGAGGAGAGAACUGGAUGGUGGGAGGGAUGGAAGGAUGGGCCACAGCGUGAACAAUGUCAACUUCUGGUGCCCAGAUGUGAAAAAAGACAAGGGGGUUAGGCGGGAGGAGGGAGGGAGGACCUCUGUUCUGAAAGACCAGUACAGGACUAACCCAGAAGAUUUGCAGCAGCUUCCUUUGACAGUUCAAGAGCUUCAGGAGGAGCUGAGGGCUCACAGGGAAAUGAACAGUCGCUUGCAGCAACCACGACAGCAGGGGAACUCUGGCUCCUAUCGAGAACUCCAUACAGACCAGGACCAAAGAGGGGCGCUCAGCCCUGGCCACAGCCCCAGCAACCUGCACAGUCCUGGCCGGAAGAACAGCCCGAGAGCCAGCCCAUCCAACACCUAUAAUCCGAGGCAACAGGAAGCUGAUGUCAUCAUUCACAGCCAUGGUUAUGGCUGUAACACUGCAGUAACUGCGCAGAGAAUCAGCCCAGCCAACACCCUUCAGCCUGCCCCGAGGAACAGCCCAAACCAGCCCCUCUACAGCCCCAGCCAAGGUCCGGUGGUAGCACCCACCUCCAGUUCACUUCAGCCCUGCAGCCCGUGCCAGGUGCCUGGGUGUGACGGCUUCUCCUCAUCUCCUCCUCUGGAUCCAUCAGAGGAGAAUUUCUUCCGCCUGCAGUCAGAGCACGAACGGCAGGCCAAGGAGUUGUUCCUGCUAAGGAAGACCAUGGAAGAGAUGGAGAUGAGAAUCGACUCUCAGAAGCAGACACUGGGCGCCCGGGAUGAGAGCAUCCAGAGGCUGCUUGAGAUGCUCCAAGGCCAAGGUCAAAGUCAAAAUCAAAGUCAAAGUCAAGGUCAGGGACACUGGAGUCGAGGACAGCGGACAGGCAUCAUAACCAUGGCGACACAAGAGGCUGAAGCGCAGCUGGAGAACAUGCAUGUGAGAGAGGAGCUUCACCGCCGGAACCAGCUCCAGGCUGAUCCGACCAAGACCAGGGCUCUGCAGACUGUCAUUGAUAUGAAGGACACCAAGAUCUCUUCCCUGGAGAGGAACAUCAGAGACUUAGAGGACGAGGUCCAGAUGUUAAAGACCACCGGCCUGCUGCACCCUGACGACAGACAAAAUGAGCUCAAGCAGGUGGAGGUCUACAAGAGCCAUUCUAAAUUCAUGAAGACAAAGAUAGAGCAGCUGAAGCAGGAGAUGAACAGGAAGGAGUCAGACAUGCAGGCCCUGCAGACCAAACUAGAGACACUGACCAAUCAGAACUCCGACUGCAAGCAACACAUCGAGGUGCUAAAGGAGUCGCUCAACGCCAAGGAGCAACGCGCCAAUACGUUGCAGACAGAGGUAGAUGCUUUGCGGGUACGCCUUGAAGAGAAGGAGCAAUUCCUGACCAAGAAAACCAAACAGAUGCAGGACCUGUCGGAUGAAAAGAGCACACUGGCAGGGGAGAUUAGAGACAUGAAGGACAUGCUGGAUGUCAAGGAGAGGAAAGUUAAUAUCCUGCAGAAAAAGAUUGAGAACCUGUUGGAGCAGUUAAAGGAUAAGGACAAACAGCUGGUUGGGUUGAGGGAACGAGUCCAGGGCCUUCAAACUGACUCCAGCAACACAGACACAGCCCUGGCCACACUGGAGGAAGCUUUAUCAGAAAAGGAGCGGGUGAUUGAGAGUCUACGUGACCAGAAGGAGCGGGAGGAUAGGGUUCGGCUGGAAGAGCUGGAACAGAUGAGGAAGGAGAACCAAGAGUUAAAGGACAAACUUUUAGUCCUGCAGCCCCAGAAACUGUGCCAGAGUCAGCCUGCUAACCACGGCCUGAACCAGAACCAGAGGCCUGAUGGAGAGCUAUCAGCCAAAGUAGAUGGACUACCGGCAGUAAGCCCCACGACCCAAAACGCAGAAGAAGCGGCCCGCAAGUGUCCUGACAUCACAGAUCGCCUGAGACUUCUGGAGCAGGAAGUGGCCCGCAACAGAGAGGAAUCGGGGAAGUCACAAGCAGAAGUGGAGAGGCUAAUGGCAGCUCUAAGGGAGGCUGAGAUGGACCGAUCAUUCAAGGAGAAGAAAAUUGCCGAUCUUGAAAGUAUCUGCAGACCUGGGCAAAUCAAGUCUCCUAACAUCCAGAUGGUGCCUGGUGAGAUGAGGAAAGAUGCCCUGACUGAUGGACAUGCGCACUCUUUAUCGCAGAAACCUCCUCUUUUAGCUUCCCAGGAUGCCAUGCGGGAGACGGCGGAGCGGAUCGGGGAGCUGGAGAUGGCACUGAGGGAGAGCAUGAACACCUCAGCACAUAGGGAGGCUCUCUGGGCGCAAGAGGAGAGUGCCCGGGUUCAGGCCCAGAGACAGUUGGAGGAGCUGAUGGGGGCUUUGGAGAAGACACGGCAAGAGCUAGACGCCACCAAGCUUCAUCUGUCCUCCACCCAGCAGUCCCUGCAUGAGAGAGACGGACACCUUAAUAGUCUUCGCCAGGAGAGACGCAAACAGCUGGAGGAGAUUCUGGAGAUGAAGCAGCAAGCUUUGCUGGCAGCCAUCAGUGAGAAGGACGCUAACAUCGCCCUGCUGGAGUUAUCCUCCUCCCAUCGGAAGAAAGCCCAGGAGGAAGUGAUGGCUUUAAAGAGGGAGAAAGACAGGCUCAUGCACCAGCUCAAACAGCAGACUCAGAGCAGAAUGAAGAUGAUAGCCGAUAACUACGAGGAAGAUCACAUCCACCCACAGCAUCAUCCUCACCAUUCUCACCACUUGCAUUCAGCAAACGUGCAUCACCGAAGCCUGCCAAGAGGACCCCCACAUCCCAACCACAGACCCCCUAUGGACCAGGAUGAUGAAGAGGGAAUAUGGGCAUGAUGAACAUCACCGUGGUAACCCUCCAUCCAUUAAUCCACACUGCUUGUAGAGCCAGGUACCAAGAGGUUCAAGAGCUUCAACCGCAAGCCAGUUACCAAGAGGUUUAAGAGCUUCGACUUCAAGCAUGCACACUCACCUGGCCCAUAACCUGCCCACCAUCAUCACCAUGAGAUUUACAUAUAAACAGUGAAACACAUAUACUCCAGGACCCACCAUUUCACUAUAGUGUGGACAAACUCAGCGCUCAGCUGGUCAGAAAGUUUCCAACUAGCUGAUGAAUGUCACCUUCACUGACAAAUAGAAUGGCCUACUGAGGACCUAAACUCACUGUAGGUGAAUGUCCAACACCAGAGCAUCAGUCAUCAGUGCGGUGCUUCGAGGUAUUGGCAAGCGGUCCACUGCCUUCAUUUCCCUAGCUGUUUCCAAUAGACUGGGAGCUGGGUUCAUUUUACAGUACUGCGGUGCUACAGAGUUUCUGGCUUCACAUCAACCGACAAUCACUCCACCACUGUCGACUACCAGUGUGGCUAAGCUGAGCCAGUGGAACUAGCUGUAAACGCAUGCCAAUCCCAGAUGUUUUUAUGAUGGCAUGAAUGUGUUUACUUCUCCAGCUAAAUAGUGAACUUUUGUAAAUAUCACAACAUGGACC